AUGCCUGGUUUUCACGUCUACCCGCAGGCCUCCCGCCUCUCCGGGGAGUGCUCGCUCGAGGUGAGCGUGGUGGCGCCUUCCACGCCCGCGCCCGCACCCAUUAACCUCAACGCCACACCGGUGGCCGGUGGCUCGUCAUCCGGAGGCGUGAGAAAACGCGCGCGGCAGAUGCCAGCCGACGUGCUGCCGGGCGCACGCAACCUGUUCUACGGAAUGCCGGCUGCCGGCGACGAGGACUAUAUGCAGAACCUGAUCUUCGAGGGUGGUGCGCCAGCUGCUGGCUAUGAUCCCGACGAGACACAAAGCCAGGACGGCCAAGGGGCGUUCACGCUAUCUGCUGGCUACGAUCCCGAUCAGGCGGCCUUCAUGCGUGAUCAGGUCGGCAUGGACCUGGAUGGCUUCCCACUUGACCACGAGUUUUCGGAGGACUAUGGCCAAGAGGAAGAGGACGAGUGCGACAUCGAAGGGGAGCCUUUGUUCGAGGACGAGCCCGCCAACCAAGCCGCCGGGCCGAAGCUGAAGCAGAAGAGCAAGUGGACCAAGGCAUACACGGCAGCCAAGGACAAACUUCUUUGCGAGAUGCCGCGCACACUGGCUUGA